UUUAGUUGGAUUUUGUCUUUGUCUCUUGCUCUAAGAACCGUGGAUCUUGUCUCACCGUGGUUGUUAUCCAGUUUUAAGUUAUUAAGUUAUAAGUGUUUUGAACCUUAUUUUUAUAAUAUUAUUUUUAUAAUAUAAUAAAUUUCUUAAUUUUUGCAUCCCAUAUGUCUAGUCCUAUUUGUACAACUUCAAGGGAAGUACGAUCCUUAAUGGAAUCAGAAAUGCAUGGUCCACCGUCGCUGGACGACGGUUCAGUUUAUAUUGAUGGCCUGCGGCGUUCAGGGCGUCUGAAAAGAAAACAGACGCCCAUUGAACCACCGAAAAAGAAGCCAAAAAAGCCCAUCGAAGAAAAGGAGCCAACUUCACCUAUUCCCUGCAAAAGACCAUCAUUUGUCUGCAGUACUCCUUUUAAGGAUAGAGAGCCAUUCCCAGACAGUGAUUCUUCCGACGAAGACAGCGCCGAAGAUAUUAUUGAAGAUUUACAUAUUUCCUCGUCUUCUACGGAAGAGGGUACUUCAUAUUUAGUUGCAUCAAGGUCGGGAUAUGAAGGCCACAUUUUCUCUGAAAGUCGUUGAUCAGACUAAAAAGUUUUUCUCGCAGUGCGGAGCCCUGAGCAAAUGCAAUAUUUCCUACGCUUUAAGAGAUCCUUGGCCAUAUGUUACAAUAUUUAAUUAUUGUAAUUUUAAUUAUAAUUUUUGUUACACUACACUUUUUAGCUUCCUCUCCCUUUCUUGUUAAAAAUUUGAAUAAUUAUAUGUUAAUAUUAUAAUUAUUUGUUGUGUUAAAUAAAUGAGUUAUUAUAUAAUCAUAAA